AUGCCGUUUAGAGAUGAAAACGACGAACUAGCGGGCUAUGAAACAUACGAAGAAACUUUUAUGGCACGAGUUCGGUUACGUCCAUUUCACGGAGAUUCUGUUCAACAAUUUCAAUAUAUUGAAUGCGAACUUCAGCAAGUUAUUUGCCAAGUGCUAGCAUUAGCCGAACCUGCAGCAUUUGAUGAGCCCAAUGAUCAAGAAGUGAAAACAGAAAACCAAGAUGUUUACAUCGAAGUAGAAGUUGGAGAAAAAUUGCAUGUCAAUAUUACAGCCGAAGAAUUUCAUGCCAUGGUCAGCCAGAUCAAUGAAUAUAGAAUAAAACAUAUAUUUGACGAAGUGACAAAACGAAUUCGAUAUGAGGUGACUAAUCAACAUAAUACAAACGCUCCAUUAUCCGUGACAGGAACUGGUAGCGGAAUUUUUUUCUUUUAA